UGUUCGCGCAUGCGCGCUGCCCCCGCACUGCCCUCGCUUCCUGUGCGUCCUCAGGUCACCGCUUACUCUGGUUCCCAGGCUUUGGCCUCCAGUGGACGAGAAUCGCGGAGCUUGCGGGGCUGGACGCUGACCGCCAGGGCCAGCACCUAGGCGGGCGCAGAGCUGUGCGGGGCAGGGUUCGCGCGUGCCGGGUGGAGGCUCGAGCGGGGACCCCGGAGCGUGAGCCCCGGAGCCGGCGGCGCUGGGGCCAGAGGGACCGGGCGGGAGGUGGCGGAGGCGAAAGGGCGGCGGGACCCGGGCCUGGCCCGUUUGUGUCCUUGGCGGCCUGGACCAGGCCGCUGCUGUACGGUGAGCCCCAGGGAGGCGGAUCUGGGCCGCGGGAAGGACACUCGCCUGGAUUUGCCCUGUAGGCCCGGCCGGGGCCCCUCGGGAGCAGAACAGCCUUGGUGAGGUGGAGAGGAGGGGACCUCGCGAGCAGACGCGCGACAGCAGGCCCGCCCCGGCUUCUCGGGAGCCGUGGGACAGAGGCUGCGGAGCCCCAGGCGGGUCUACCAGCCACAGUCUCUGCACGUUUCCAAGAGCAGCAGAAAAUGAACACAUUGCAGGGGCCAGUGUCAUUCAAAGAUGUGGCUGUGGAUUUCACCCAGGAGGAGUGGCAGCAACUGGACCCUGAUGAGAAGAUAACAUACAGGGAUGUGAUGUUGGAGAACUAUAGCCAUCUAGUUUCUGUGGGGUAUGAUAUCACCAAGCCAAACGUCAUCAUUAAGUUGGAGCAGGGAGAAGAGCCGUGGAUAAUGGAAGGUGAAUUUCCAUGUCAACAUAGUCCAGAAGUCUGGAAAUUUGAUGACCUGAUAGAGAGAAUCCAAGAAAAUGAAGAUAAACAUUCAAGGCAAGCUGCUUGUAUCAACAGCAAAACCCUGACUGAAGAGAAAGAGAAUACAUUUUGUCAAACUUAUAUGGAAACAAGCCUUGUUCCUUCAAGCAUAAUAGCUCAUAAUUGUGUCUCAUGUGGAAAGAAUUUAGAAUCUAUUUCGGAAUUAAUUAGUAGUGACGGAAGCUAUGCCAAGACAAAACCUGAUGAGUGUAAUGAAUGUGAGAAAACAUAUCCUGGAGAGAAAAUGUAUGAAUUUAAUCAAAAUGGGGAUACCUAUUCUCAAAAUGAAGAAAAUAUUCUUCAGAAAAUUAAUAUUUUGGAGAAACCUUUUGAAUAUAAUGAAUGCAUGGAAGUCUUAGACAAUGAGGCUGUUUUUGUUGCUCAUAAGAGAGCUUACGUGGGGGAGAAGCCCUAUGAGUGGAAUGAUUCUGGACCAGACUUCAUACAGAUGUCAAAUUUUAAUGCAUAUCAGAGAUCACAAAUGGAAAUGAAGCCUUUUGAAUGCAGUGAAUGUGGAAAAUCCUUCUGUAAAAAGUCAAAAUUCAUCAUCCACCAGAGGGCUCACACAGGAGAGAAACCUUAUGAAUGUAAUGUAUGUGGGAAAUCCUUCAGCCAAAAGGGAACCCUCACUGUACAUCGGAGAUCACACUUAGAGGAGAAGCCCUAUAAAUGUAAUGAAUGUGGGAAAACCUUUUGUCAGAAGUUACACCUCACUCAGCACCUAAGAACUCAUUCAGGAGAGAAACCCUACGAAUGUAGUGAAUGUGGGAAAACCUUCUGCCAAAAGACACAUCUCACCCUACACCAGAGGAAUCAUUCAGGAGAGAGGCCCUAUCCAUGUAACGAAUGUGGGAAAUCCUUCUCCCGCAAGUCCGCACUCAGUGACCAUCAGAGAACUCACACAGGAGAGAAGCUUUAUAAAUGUAAUGAAUGUGGGAAAUCCUACUACCGAAAGUCUACCCUGAUUACACAUCAGAGAACACACACAGGAGAGAAGCCCUAUCAGUGUAGCGAGUGUGGGAAAUUCUUUUCUCGGGUGUCAUACCUCACUAUACAUUAUAGAAGUCAUUUAGAAGAGAAACCCUAUGAAUGUAAUGAAUGUGGCAAAACUUUCAAUUUAAAUUCAGCCUUCAUUAGACAUCGGAAAGUACACACAGAAGAGAAAUCCCAUGAAUGUAGUGAAUGUGGAAAGUUCUCUCAGUUGUCAUAUCUCACCGACCAUCAUACAGCUCAUUUAGGAGAGAAACCCUAUGAAUGUAAUGAAUGUGGGAAAACCUUCCUUGUAAAUUCAGCCUUUGAUGGGCACCAGCCACUUCCAAAAGGGGAGAAAUCCUAUGAAUGUAAUGUAUGUGGAAAGUUAUUCUCUGAGUUAUCAUACUAUACUGAACAUUAUAGAAGUCAUUCAGAAGAGAAACCUUAUGGAUGUAGCGAAUGUGGGAAAACCUUUUCCCAUAAUUCAUCCCUGUUCAGACAUCAAAGAGUACACACAGGCGAGAAACCCUAUGAAUGUUACGAAUGUGGAAAAUUCUUCUCUCAGAAAUCAUAUCUCACCAUACAUCAUCGAAUUCAUUCAGGAGAGAAACCCUAUGAAUGUAGUAAAUGUGGAAAAGUCUUCUCUCGGAUGUCAAACCUCACUGUCCACUACAGAAGCCAUUCAGGAGAGAAACCCUAUGAAUGUAAUGAAUGUGGGAAAGUCUUUUCUCAGAAGUCAUACCUCACUGUACACUAUAGAACUCAUUCAGGAGAGAAACCCUAUGAAUGUAAUGAAUGUGGGAAAAAGUUCCACCACAGAUCAGCCUUCAAUAGCCAUCAGAGAAUUCACAGAAGAGGAAAUAUGAAUGUACUUGAUGUGGAAAGUCUCUGAAGUCAGAUCUCAAUUUUUAGAAAACUCUCUGAAUAUAAUGAAUAUGGAAAAUCCAAUAGAAAGUCAAAGUGUUUAUCUGAGGGUUCAUGUUCCUGAAUGGUGAGAAGCAUUUAGGCGUUAGAUUCAUUUUAAUCUGGAUUUUCACAGAGAAGAAUCCCGAAGAGUGUAACAAGAAGCAAAACCUUCAGCAAGAUCAUACGACUCAUCAGACACUAGAUAAUUUAUGCAGGAGUGAAGUUUUAUAAAUAUUUAAUAUUUAUUUUGGAUUCAAAUUGUAUUUACAUAUCAGGGAAUCAUACAAAGGCAAAAUCUGUCAAUAUGGUGAAUGUGGAAAAUAUAUUGUCUUGGAAAUUUGUUCUUCUAAAAGCCAUAUUUCUAAUGUAAAAUCAGGUGUUUAUAGGAAAGAUCUCAGAGGCUAUAAGCUCUGAAUAAAUCUUCAUUGUAUAAAAUGAAGUUUUUAAAUUAUCAGGAGUUGAUCAUGAGGACAGUAGCAUUAAAUAAGUGUAUGGCCAUUUUUUAUCAUGUCUUUAAAAUGCAUUCUCAUGGUAAUUCUAUGCAAGUUUGGAAUUGGGCAACUUGUGAAGAGGCAGUUUUCUUAUUUGAAUAUUAGGAUGGCAAAUGUACUAAGACAGGAUAUAUUGUUGGUCAGAUAAUAUUUAGUAGGUAUAAAAUGGUAAAAUACCUAGUUUUCUAUUUAGAGGAAUUUACAAAUGGGUUUUUAACAAAUGCCUCAUUAGUAGAAGAGGCAGUGUUUUUGUAAAGUUUUCAACUGCAUCUGAACAAGAUAAGAUUUUCUAAAAGACUAUUUUGAUAAACUAUACAUAACAUAAUUUGGAAUUAAGUCUGUUUCAGUGAAAGAGAACAAGCAUACUGCCCAUACUCUAAAAUAUCCCCAGCUCUCACACCACCCUUGUUUUUUAACCCAUAGUUUUCAGUGUGCCUAGUGCCAAUAUUUUGUAAUUUAGAAAUUUUAUUCAGAAACUUCUCUUUGAUACAAAUACAGUGUCAUUGUUUUGUGCAUUCCCCUUUUUCCCAGUAUUUUAGAACAAAUUGAUUCAAGUUUCUAGCAGAUAUUUUUUGGUCAAUUAACUUAAUAUCCUCACUCCAUUUCUUGCUGGAACAGUUUAGGUAGCUACUGCUUCUUCACAUUACACAGGGGAAUCCUGAUUAGUCAAAAUAAUAAUGAUUCCAUUCUCUUUGCCAGUAACUUGUUUUAUAGUGGUCAUAUGACCAGAUACUGGGUAAACAAAACAAAGAUCGUUUGUUCUGGAAAAAGCUAAAAUGGUAAUCAAAUAGAUUGUGUUCCAGGAGUGCAAAGGUGGCUUAAUAUUCACAAAUCAGUUGCUAUUGUACACCACCUGUAGAAAAGUAAUCUGGCAUGCAGAACAUUCUUAUGGUAAAGUUAAUGUUCAUUUAUGAUCUUAGCAAAUGAUGGAUUGAAAGGGACUUCCUUAAUUGCAUAAACAGACUUCAACAAACAGUAUGAUGAAAUAGUGAACAUUUCUCCUAAGAUUAUAAAAAUAAGACAAGGAUGUCUGCUGUCAAUGAUUUUACUCAGCAUUGUUCAGAAGGACCUAACCAGAAAACUAAUGCAAGAAACAGAAACAAAAGGCAUAAAGAUUAGAAAAGAAGUAAAAUUUUAAAAAAAGAAAAAAUAUAAAUCUCUAUUUGCAGAUGCCAUGAGUAAAUUUGGUAAGUUCCCUGCAUAAAAGUUAUGCAAAAAGCAUUUUAUGAUAUACCAGCAAAAAUCAUGGAAAAUGAAAUUUUGAAAAGCAGUGCCACUUAAAAGAUCCCUCAAGUGCCUAGGGGGGAAAAAUGAGUUAAUAAGCUUUGAAGAACUGUAUCCAGAAAAGAAAAUUACAAAGGAGGAGAGGGAUAGGAUUCCAGGACAAUCUCAAAACCAUUGCUUUUUCCCUAAAUUCAUUGCAACCUUAAUUAAAAUCCUAGCAAAUUCUUUAAUGUAAAUAAACAAGCUAAUUCUAGAAUUCAUAUGCAUAUUCAAAAGGCCAAUAAUUGUCAAAGCUAUCUUGUAGAAUGGACAGAGAGGAUUGAAAUUUCCAAAUAUCAAGACCUGUUAUAAAGCCACAUAAAUUAUGAUGGUGUUAUUUUGGGCACAAGGAUGAAAAAACUGACUAGUGGAAUAGCAUACAGAUUCAAAAGUAGACCCACAUGUAUACCAUCACCUGACUUUUGAGAAAGGUGACAUUGAAGUGUAGUGGGGGAAAGGGUGUUCUUUCCAGUAAAUGUGCUUUGCCAAUUAAAUUUUGUAAUUUAAUAAAAAGUCAGUUGAAGGUGGAUUGCAAAUCUGAAUAUGAAAUGUGAAAGCUUUACAAAGAAAUCUUGGACAGUUUGUAAUCUUGGAGUAAGCAAAGGUUUAUUGAGACCCAAAAAAGCAUUAACCCAUGAAAUAGAACUUAAUAGUAAGUUUGAGAACUUCUGUUUAUCAGAAAGACCACCAGUAAGAAAAUGAACAGGAAACCAUGAGGAGGAAAAGAUAUUUGCAGUUCAUGUAUGUGACAACAGCACUGAGUAUAGCAAAAGUGUUGGCAAACUUUUUAGCAAGGUACCAGAUGGUGAACAUUUUUGGCUUUGUCACAAAUGCUUAUCUUUGCUAUUGUGUGAAAGCAUCCAUACACCAUGCAUUUUAAAAAAUGAGCAUGACUGCUUCCCAGUAAAACCAUUCAUAAACCCAGGUGGCAGUCUGGAUUUGGUCUGCACUCAUAGUUUUCUGGCCCCUGAUCUCGAAUAUGUAAAGAGCACCUACAAAUCAAGGGGGAAAAUGGAAAAGGCAAAAUAUUUUAGAGGAUAUCCACUCACUUUAGAGGAUAUCCAGACGGCCACUAAGCAUGAAAAGAUGUUAGCUUUAUUAGUAAUCAGGGAAAUGCAAAUUUAAAACACCAUGUAAUACUGCUACCCAUCCAUGGAAAUGGUUAAAAUGAAAAGCAUGAAAAAGCAUCCUUUUGGCAAGGAUGUAAGCAAGAGGAACUGUACGCUACUGGUGGAAUUGCUCAUCCAUAAAACCAUUUUUGAAAGCUGGCACUUAAAACCAAGUAUACCCUUUUACCCAAACCCAGCAAAAAGGCAUGUGUCUCCACCAAAGGACACGCAGAAUAUAUAUAGCAUAAAACUGCACAAAACAGAACUAUCUUAAGGCACAUUGCAAUGGAAUGAAUAAACAAGUGGCAUUAUUUCCAUGGAAUACUGUAAAACAGCACGAAUGAACUAGAAGUUCAUGCAGUAAUGUAGCUGAACUUAACAAACCUUGCUAAAUGAAAGACUCCAGACACAAAAGCCAACAUGCUGUAUGAUUCCUUCUGUAUAAAUUAUAAAGACGGGCAAAACUUGUCUAUGUGGUUUGAAAUUAGGAUAGCGGUUAGUCUUGGCCAAGGCUGAAAGGGGGCAUUUAUCUGGUGCUGGGAAUAAUCUGUUUCUAAACCUGGGUGCUAAAUAUCUGAGUGUGUUCUGAGCUGUGCACUUAAGGUGUGUGUAUUUUUCUGCAUGUGUGUUACACUUUCCAUAAAAGUUUUUUAAAAUCACAAAUGGCUAACAUUUGUGUUACUCGUCACUCUACUCAUAUUUUUCUAGAUGUGUAUGAAUAUGCUGCAUAACAGGAAUUAAAUGGUAGAUUUUGCAUAAUUCUGUGCAGAAAAUACAUAUUUAUAGUAAUUUUGAUGGCAACUACUAAGAUUUCCUAUGCUGUCCUUAAGGCUUAGCAUAAUGUAUAUUUUAAGUGAAAUAUUUGAGAAGGUUAAAGAGUCAUUACAUACUUUGUCAUCCUAUACUUUUGCAUAUAUAAAUGGGUCUGAGCUGCCUCUUCAAUAAAGAAGCUAAUAUGUAACAUUUCAUAUUUCCCUAAA